UUCCGGGAAGGCGACGCGCGUUUCUUAUUGGCUUUUCUGCUACAGGACGGGCUUGUUUCCGAGCCUUCCCGCCCCCCCCCCCGGCUCGUAGCCAGCCUAAAAGUUCGGGGGGGAGAUACAAAAUAGUGGGGCAGGGCAGAAAAAAUCCGCAAUAAAUUUAAUUGUUUAUUUUUUGUACAAAAAAAGAAAAUAGUGGGGCAGAUUUUUUUAAGUGGGGCAGGACCCCCUCCCCCGCUACGGGUCCUCCCCCCCCCACACUAAGGAUCACUUGAACAUUGCUGAGGGUCUUGGCGACCACUUCGUGGCUUUUUUGCCUGGUGUGGCCCCUGCAGCAACCGCCUUGCGCUCCACGCUCUGGGCUUUGCUUCUUUCUUGUCUGGCAUGCGGUAGUAGAGUGUCAAAUUCAGAAGUGCAGGGACCCUUCAUGUUUGUCAGAGCCACGCCCCCCCUUUUUGCUGCGAGGUUGAGGAUGAGAUCCUUGUGAAUGCUUCUCCCACAACAACAGGUAUCCCCAGGAGCCAAUCGUCCAGCCGAGCAUCCACACGGACGCGCCACCUGUGAGCUCCCCCGCCCCCAUAGCCAAAGGCAGGCCACUGUGCCAAUUCACAGGAACGAGGGGAGGUGGCGCUGCAGCCACGGGCAUGCCUCCCGUCCAGACCGGGGGGUGGGGCUGACUUCCGAGUAAAUGCGUACGGGGGAGGGGAGCGCCGUCAUUCGCAGCCGAGGAGGCGCUAAGGCUGGAGGGCUCCCGUUGGAAACAUGCCUCGGAUGGCCUGACCUUUCCAUUUACUGGACGGAUUUUAAAACGGACUAAAAGCACGCCUUCCUUCCAAAGCGCCUCAAAUACAGAGGCUUUUCUAACCAAGGAAGAAGGCAGCAGGACCCAGCCGGGGCUGCCCAGGCCGCCGGUUCGAGAGCCGCCCUCGGUCGCCCCAUCGGGGGCAGAUGGCAGAGGCGGCCGGUCGCAUCCGCGUCGUGCGCCACGAAGGGCAGCGGUUCCUGUGCUUUUGCAGCGGCGAGGGCAGCUCCCUCCGGCUCCAUAUCACAAACGCUUCCGAGCUUUGGAGCAGCGAUGUCACUUCAGACAAGCAGGAUGGGCAUUUGUCUCAGAAUGGGCUGGCUUCUUAUGAUGACUGGAUUUCUAAACUCAGAGACACCUUUGAGUGCCAGGCUCCCACUUUAAGUUUCCGAGACAGCAAGGCGAUCCUUCAGUUCCAAGAUGGCAGAGAAAGCUUGACCUUUGACCUCCACAAGGCACCCCUCUCUGAAGCAAGGAAGCAAGUCCAGGAUCUCAUGUUCAGCUUGGUGGAUCAGGUGCACCAGCUGGAGAAACGUCUUGAAGAUGGCGCUGUUGCUCCUGCUGCUCUGUUGCCACUCAGUAGCCCCGAGAAGAGCACCUUGUGGGGCCAAAGUCUCUUUGCUCCAGAAGUGAGUCCCACAAAGAGCAGAGGUGCAGGCAGCGCCGGACAAGGAGCAAGCAAGAGACGACUACCUGGAGAAUCGCUCAUUAACCCUGGGUUCAAAAGUAAGAAGACUCCAACAGGGGUAGAUUUUGAAGAUCUCUGAAUACAUCCUGAAGUUUUACAAACCAAAAUUCCGGAGAGCCAGGAGCUGUUUUCAGCUGUAUAUGUGUUUUUAUACAUAAUCUUUUAAAACCGACGACGACCCCAAGGUGUGGCCUGUCUUUUGUUCAAAAUGGCCAUAGAGGCCUCCAUCCACGCCCCGGCACAAAGAAGGUGGGUGAGCAGAGGGUGGCCCUCCCCUUGCGCCUUCCAGAGGAGACUCUCGUCUCCAUGCCUCUCCUAGGCUCUUUUGGAUGCAGCUGAGUCUGGGCAGGAGCUUCCAGGACAGGGAAGGAUAGCCUGGUGCCCUCCAGAUGUUCUUGGGCUCCAUCUCCCGUCCGCCCAGACCAUGGGCAUGGCAAAUGGUCAGGAUUAAUGGGAGGGUGGUCUCAAGGCUCCCUGGUUGGGGAGGAGCAGCUAUACCCACCCCUUUUAGGGAAGGUGUGCUUUUGCUUUCCCUUGAAUUAAAGCAGCUUCCUUCCCCUGCCUUUUCAUCUGUUCACUUUCUUGGCAAGACCCUGCCCUGCCCUCCUCCGUCCUGGGUGGAAUGUUAAGGUAGGGAUUUUCUAUAGUGAUACUUUAAAUGCCCCAGCGCUUAAUUUUAUGGCAGGGGAACCAGAGAUCAAACCAAAGGCAUUUCUGACACAAGCCCCUCCAGCUGUUCCUUUUGUUGUACAUUCAUGAAGCGUUCAAGAGGCAUCUGUUGGGGAUGCUUUAACUUGGAUUCCUGCAUUGAGCAGAGGGAUGGGACUCGAUGGCCUUAUAGGCCCCUUCCAACUCUAUGAUUCUAUGAUUCGUGCUCUUGAUGCUUAUCCUGUUUUCAGUCCUGUUUGUACCUGCAAAGGUUUGGGGGCGGUCAUAUUGCUUCACUGGUGCAUGUCCUGUAAUGUCCUUAUGAAAUCCCAUAACUUUUCAUACCAUAAAUGUUCUGCUUUGGGUUGUUUGUUCGUUUGUCCUGCUGUAUAACCUCCCCCAAGAGCAAUAAUGUGAUAGCAGUUGCAGAAUGCCUAAUAAAACACAGUAAAUCCA